UUGUUGCAUAUGUGUGCGUGAGGCUGCGUCCACACGCUGUUACUCGUUGAAAUAUAUGUCAGUGCGCUAACGGCCGUCUGUGGUUUUACUCGCUCCUUUCCGUAUCUAUCAGUGGCGACUCGCGUGCGUAAUCUACCCGUUCCGCAAAAAAAAAAACAUGGCAAGUGCUAAUCUCGGGAUUUUAACUAUUUUUGAUCACGAUGGCCAAAGUUGGAAGAGUUACAAAGGCAGGAUUCUACAAUUUUUUUUGGCUAAUGAUGUGGACGGGACGACAGAUGCUACGGGGAAGAAGAGGAAAGCCAUUCUUUUAAGCGCACUCAGCGAAGGCACGUAUAAAUUAGUUGAGGAUUUAGCGUUGCCAAAGCAAUUGGAAAGCGUGCCAUUCGAGGACAUUUUGACGCUUUUGGACGGACAUUUUACACCGACACGGGUGGGCUUCGGGGAGCGUCAUAAGUUCUACUCCGCGUCACAGCAGGUAGGCGAGUCUCACACGCAAUGGGCGGCGAGGCUCCGUGGUCUGACUGCACACUGUGAAUUUGCUAAUGUAGAAGAGGCAUUGCGUGACCGGUUCCUGAUAGGCAUGUUGCCAGGCCGGGAGAAGGAGAAACUUUAUGCUCGGGAGUUGAAGGAUUUGACGCUGGCUAAAGCUGUCGAGUUGGCAGAAACUAUUCGGUGCGCCAGCGCGGGAGCUACGGCGUCGGGUUCCGAACCCGGCACUGAUCAGCUGUUGAAGAUAUCAAAGAUUCCGAAGAAAACAGAAGGUGUCGGCGCGAAGGUUCCGUGUACAGUUUGCGGUUACACAAAUCAUAAGACUGCAGAGUGUCGAUUUACAAAUUUCGUGUGCAAAAAGUGUCAUGUAAAGGGACAUUUGCGUAGAAUGUGUAAAGUGAAAUACGUUAAUUUGGGACCAGAGGAUGAGGGCGAUGACGACGGUAAGAUUUAUUUUAUUCGUUCAUUUCGCGGAGAGCCUAUGGUCGAAACCGUCACUAUUCGUAAAAAACAAUUUAAAUUUGAAAUUGAUACGGGCAGUGCCGUCACGGUUGUACCGCAAAAUACAUACAAUAAGAGUUUUAGUGACAUUCCCUUACGAUCCACGAGCAAAAGGUUGCACGGGUAUUCUGGGGAACGUAUUCAGUGUAUAGGAAUGAUUCCACUACCCAUUUCAUAUGCGGGGAGCACGCAUUCCAUAAACGCAUAUGUAGUCUGUGAUGAGGGCCCCGCACUACUAGGAAGAGAUUUCACUUCUACAUUUAAUUUACAAUUAACCCCUGUGCAUUAUUGUAGUGAUGAAACUAUAGUUAAACGGUUACAAAAGGGAUACCCUCAGCUUUUCUCGGAUGAACUCGGGUGUUACAAUAAAACUAAAAUUAAAUUAACUUUAAAAGAACACUCUAAACCGGUUUUUAUUAAAGCCCGGCCGAUCGCGUUCGCAUUGCGAGAUAAAAUCGAUAAGGAGAUAGAUAGGCUAGUCAAUCUAGGCGUUCUCGUUCCGGUCGAACACUCUGAAUAUGCCUCCCCAAUUGUCCCCGUAUUAAAACGAAACGGAACCGUUAGACUAUGCGCAGAUUACUCGGUGAGUAUUAAUAAACAACUAGUCGUUGAGCAAUACCCGCUACCUACGGCAAAUGAGUUAUUUUCUAAACUAUGUGGGGGCAAACAAUUUUCAAAACUCGAUUUAUCGAUGGCAUAUAAUCAGUUUAUGCUCGACGAGGCCUCACAAAAUAUAACGUGUAUUAAUACACACCGAGGCCUUUAUAAAUAUACAAGGUUAGUGUUCGGGUUAUCCUCGGCACCAGCGAUUUUUCAGCGUGCUAUGGAGGGGCUACUAGCGGGCAUGGAUGGCGUGUUGUGUUUGUUGGACGACGUGCUCAUCACGGGCAGUGAUGAAAAACAGCACAUAGACCGGUUGCACGCAGUCCUUAAGCGAUUACAAUCAGCGGGGUUAACCCUACAAAAGGAAAAGUGCGUGUUUUUCCAGGACGAAGUUUCAUAUUUAGGGUACGUCAUAAGUAAAAACGGUUUAAAAAAAUCAUCGGAUAAAAUAGUAGCGAUGGUAAAUGCACCAAAACCUAAAAAUGUUAACGAAUUACAGUCUUUUUUGGGACUCGUAAACUAUUACCGGAGUUUUGUACCGGAAGCAUCAACAAUCUUGAGCCCAUUGUAUGACCUAUUAAAAAAAAAUAUAAAGUGGCAUUGGUCUAGCGAGCAUGACACUGCGUUUGAAAAGAUUAAAAGUGUCUUAGCGUCGGAUCAGGUACUUGCGCAUUUCAAUCCUAACGCGAAGGUCAUCUUGACAGUUGAUGCAUCCCCCACCGGGCUAUCUGCCAUUUUAUCACAGAUCGAAUCAGAUGGCACCGAAAGACCGGUUUCCUUUGCCUCGCGCAGUCUUAACGCGGCCGAAAAACGUUACUCGCAGUUACAGAAGGAAGCCACUAGUAUCGUGUUUGGUAUACGUCGAUUUCACCAGUACCUGUACGGAAGGUCGGUACCCUUCGUUUUACGUACAGAUCAUAAGCCCUUAACCAGCAUUUUCCAACCCGAGCGUGGCAUUCCCGAAGUAUCUGCGAAUAGAUUACAGAGAUACGCAAUGUUUCUAAGUGGGUAUAAUUACGUCAUAGAAUACGUACGCAGCGCUGAUAACAGCGCGGACUACUUGUCGCGGGCUUGUCUGCCGCCGCGAGGGGGCGGGGAGGAUGAAACUCGGGUCGACCCGCGCGAUGAUUGGGAUCGAGCUGCAUACAUUUGUUUUGCCACGGAUGGUAAUUUGCCAAUUUCUGUUAAUGAGCUUCGUAAUGAAACUAGUAAAGACAUUGUUCUCCAACAGGUAAUUAAGUAUACCGUGAAUGGCUGGCCUCAUAAAGUUAACGAUAUAAAAAUAAAACCAUUCUUUUUAUGUCGUACACAACUAUCAAUUGAAAACGGGUGUAUUAUGCGGGGCCAUAAAGCCGUGAUACCGAAAAGAUUGCAGGGGAAAGUGUUGUCUGAAUUACAUACCUCACACUUAGGUAUCGUUAAAACUAAAGCGGAGGCACGUUCAAGGUUAUGGUUUCCCGGUAUAGACGAGGCGAUCGAAAAAAUGAUAGGUUCGUGCGACGUUUGCAUUCAAUUACGCCCAUCUCCGGCGCGGGUUCCAUUGGCACAUUGGGACCUACCCCCCACGGUUUUUUUUAGGCUCCACAUUGAUUUCCUGGGUCCUAUAAAUAACCACACAUAUUUAAUCGCUGUGGAUGCAUAUUCCAAAUGGGUGGAGGUCUAUGAUAUGGGAAACUCGACAUCAUCAAUGGCGGUCAUAGAUAAAUUAUGUGAUUUUUUUUCAAGGUUCGGGUUACCUACGGUAAUCGUAAGUGAUAACGGUGCAUCCUUUUGUUCGCACGAGUUUACCACUUUUUGUAACUUAAACGGGAUACAACACGUGACGUCACCACCAUACCAUCCGGCUAGUAAUGGCCAGGCGGAAAGUAUGGUCAAAGUGAUCAAAAAAGGGAUCAAAUCUAGUUUAAUAACAGGGCUUAAUGUACGGGAUAGUAAGGUUAAACUAUUACAGUACUUGUUCAAUUACAGGAACUCCGUUCAUUCUACCACGGGCUCUUCGCCAACUGAACUAGUGUAUGGACGCAAACUAAGAUCGCGUUUAGAUUUACUGCACCCGGUUACGCCAACGCCUUCAUCCUCAUCGGUCACCCUUGCUAAUAUUAUCAAAAAUAAACAGUGUUCGCAGAAUAACAAGUUAAAUAGGAAGAACAAUGAAACUUUUACAACCGACGAGCGCGUACUAUACAAAAAAUUUACUAAUAAAAAUAAGUUCACUUGGUCUAAAGGCGUGGUUAACAGAAGACUAGGCAAAGUUUUAUACUUAAUAAAAGACAUUACUACUUCAGCGUUGAUUAAAAAACAUAAAAAUCAUAUACUUAAGUACAAAGGUACUGAAAGUAACUGGGACUAUUGUGACGCACUGGAUUGUGACUUACCUGAGACAUCCUUACCCUCUGCACUGCAAACGCCGCCGCCGCCGCAAACGCCCCUAUGGGUCAACUUUACUCAAAAAAUUUACAGCGCCCUACGCGUCCAAUAUAAUAAUGCUUUUAGGAUGCUGUUGGGGCUGCCACGCUAUUGCAGCGCUAGUGGUAUGUUCGCGGAGGCGCGCACCGACGGCUUCCACGCCAUCAUGCGCAAGCGGGUGGCGUCGCUGGUGCGGCGCGUGCGGGGCAGCACUAACAGCAUCCUAGCCACAGUCGCAGACAGGAUAGAUGGUCUGGCUAGGGACGAUGGCAAGAGGCCUGACGGUAUAACGUUGGUGCCUUGGAGGAUGGGACGGCCUCUAGUCUGGGAUGCCACAUGCGUUGACACCCUCGCGCCGUCCCACCUUCCGGGCACCAGCAGUAAUGCUGGUCGUGCCGCGUCCAUGGCAGAAGACCUCAAAUGCCGCAAAUAUGCCACCCUUGGCAGUAGUUAUAGUUUUGAGGCGUUUGGGGUCGAAACAAUGCCCGUGGGGGCCAAGCGCGCGCCGGGUAUACAAAGAGAUAGCGGCGCGCCUUAUAGACGCCACAAGGGACCAGAAGGCUGGCCAGUGUUUUGCUCAACGCAUUAG